GGUCAGGUGGCAUGUUGUUUCUCCCGUCAUAUCGCCCUAAUUUGUGUCCUCCUGUCGUUGCAGAUAAGCAAGCUGAGAGAGACAACCUGGCCACCUACAUCGAACAGAAGCGGCAAAUGUUUCUGAUCCAGUAUGCCCUGGAUAUGAAGAAAGAGGAGAUUCUGAGACUGGAAAUGUUGGCCACUAAAGAAGAGAUGAAGCUGGAGAAGGCAGAAAAAUUCCUAGAGAAGGAUGCGACUCUGUUUGAUGAGUUCCUGAAGGAGAACGAUAGGAACUCCGUGCAGGCCAUGAGAACAGCUGAGAAGGAGGCUAAAGCAAAGAUGGAGAAGAUCAUUGAAAUUCGAGAUAUCACAGCACAAAUCUUAAUGAUUAAAAGUGAGAUCUCCAAGUUUGAAGACAACGUCCAUAUUUUCAAAAUCUAUAAGGAUUUCCUCUAUAAGCUGUCCCCCAGGGAGUGGCUGAUGACCCAUGCCAGGAAGCACUUGACCCAUGCUGCUACCAAGAUGAGCUUAGCUGCCCAUAAAGAUAGUAUUCCAUUUUUGCCCAUGGAAAAAGAAGCACCAUACAUGAGGGACAGUCAGCCAUCAGAUGUGAUCCUCCCCAUGGGAAACGCACCCCCUGUGCCUGAAACAAAUAAGGAAGGCAAGGUCUCUCCCACAUCAUCCUCAUCCCAGGAAUUACAGCCUCUCUUAAGACUCACUCCUCAGAAAAAACAGUCCAGUACGACAAUGUUCUCAGCCAGAACAGAUGAAACUGAUAGUGAUGAUGAGCUGGACCUGUACUUCACAGAACCCCAACAGCUGCUGGACAUUUUCUCUCAGCUGGAGGAGCAGAACCUCUCUCUGAUUCAGAACUCCCAGGAGACAGAGGAGGCCCUGGAUGAGAUCAACCGUUCCUUGAGAAACACACAAAACAAAAUGGAUCGAGACAUCAACCAGCUGAAGCUGUUGUCAUCCACACUCAUGUCAUCCAUUGCUAAGGAAGAGGAGAUUGCUGCAGACCUGCAACUCAAGUCUCGUGUCUUUUCUUUUGGCGUGUACAAGGGGGAUUACCAAAGUAAGAUGUUGGCCAGCCUGAACAAAAAGGUGGUAGAGGUAUACCGUAAGUGCAUCGGGGACUGCGAGUCCAGCCUGGGAACCCUGCAGAUGCUCACCAUUAUUGAGCACCAGUUGGAUGAACUACUAGAGAAUCUGGAGAGGGUGCCAGCAUGGAAGAUUGAACAGGUGGAGAAGGCCAAAGAAAAGGAACGAAGAAUAAGGUUGAGAGAAGAGAAAAUGAAACUCCUGAAAGAGUUGCAGGAGGAGAGGCUCAAGAGAGCCCUGGCCAGGGCCCAGGCGACCAUUAAGAAGAAGACGGGCAGGAAGCUCAUGUACCGCUCGGAGCCCAUGGUCAGCAAAGCCAAGGGGGAAGAAGGGGAGACCAUGUAUGACCGGGAGAAGGAAGAACUGCUCUUCUUCUUCACUUAGCCCAUCCGCGCACACGCACACGAACACACACACACACACACAC